UUGGACCAAGUGCACCUUUUAACUGUCAAUCGCGGGGACAUCCAUCUGAUCGCAGUUGAAGUUAAUUUUGGAAUGUUCGAUUUUGAGCUGGAAGGAGGAUCCCAUACCUCCGUAUAUUAUACGGAGGACAGGGGUCUCGUAUUCAACCCACCGGUCCACGAACAAAGACAUUGCAUGGUUCUACGGAUCCUGGAGCAUGACCUCUUCAAAGGACGCAUCAAGAAGCUUGUUGACUUCGGAUGUGCGCAGAUGCAACUUGUUCCACUUCUCAAGCGGGUUCCUUGGAUUGAAAAUAUCUUGGAGGUUGAUAUUGACGAGUCCCUUCUCAGAGCACAUUCAUAUCAGGGAAGACCACUGUUAUCGGAUUAUUUGGAUCGACGUAAAACAAAUUUUCGAGUAGACAUUUACAAAGGAAGUAUCAGCUCAAGUGUAAAUUGCUUGCGGGAUGUUGAAGCUGUAAUUGGAAUCGAAAUCAUUGAACAUCUUUACCCAGACGUAUUAGAAAACGUUCCUUACAAUGUAUUCGGAUUUAUUCAACCAAAACUUGUCGUUUUCACGACACCAAACUCAGACUACAAUGUCCUCUUUAACCUGACACUGCCUAAUGGAUUUCGUCAUGAUGAUCACAAAUUUGAAUGGAGUAGGGAACAGUUUCGUGAUUGGUGCUACAACAUUUGUGAUCGUUUCCCAAAUUAUCAGGUGGCGUUUUUAGGUGCCGGGGCCCAGCCUGAAGGCAUUGAUGAUGUUGGUCCUGUAUCUCAAAUAGGAGUUUUCGUCCGAAACGAUAUGCGAGGCUUGCCAUUGGUAGAAGACAUAAGCGCAGAACCAAUAAAAUUACCUGAGAGUGAAGAGUAUGAGUUAUUGUAUUCAUACGAGUUUCCAAAAUCAGUGGACCAAAGAACCAACAGGGAAGUGCUACUUGACAACGUAAAAUACCAUAUCUUUCGUCACAUGAACAUGAAAAACAGAUUUUACAAUGAUGAAUUCGAUAGGUAUGAAAUCCCUUUAGGGAAUAUUUUUAGUUUUGUUAACUCAAUGGUGUAUACGCCAGAGGAGUUACGUGAUUUUCUGAUAAAAGAAGGGUACCGUUUAGACAGUGAUGAUAGAAUUCUUGUAGACGAGAUAUAUGAAUCUCAGGAAAGUGACGGGUCUUCCGAUACAAGUGAUAAACUCCAGAAUCGCCAGGCAGAUAAUACUGUUGGGCACGAUUCUGAUGAAAAUUGGGACUAGUCUUAUAUUUUCUUACACAAAUUGCCAAGAUUCAUUCUUUUCUGAAAUAAGAGCAUAUACAUAUAUACAAAUGCUCCUGUGAUCUAGAUUGUGAAGAAGAAGUUUUCUUACUAUUAUACUUUUUUUACUUUGGCUUGACAGAAUUUCGAAUGAAUUGCAUCAUAUUGUAUGAAUUUGUACAAAUGUUACAAAAAAAUAAAGUGGAAUAGUUAA